UAACUUCUGUCACACGUGUGACACAGAGUAUCCCGGCGUGGGAAGCGUUGCUCUGAGAACCGAAUCAGUAGUGCUGACCCGGCAUACCCAGCCCUCGUCGUCCAGCAUCGUCUCAACCCUUUACCGACGGGGCUGCUUGCGGACGACAGCGCUCUCGCUGACCACUUCAAACGUAUAUCAUCAAAUCACACACUCCUUUGCCUUUUUUCUUCUCUGUUUAUCAACGGUAUCAACCCAUCAUGCACGUGGAUCUGCUUCCAAGGCAGUGUGUUUCAUGCCCGGCACAACCACCAGCCUGUACUUGUUCUGCCCAACAGAGUUGCAUUCUAAUAAGCCAGUCGUGCAACGCAUGUCCCACCUUCACUUGCCGCGCAAGUGCGUCAACAAGCGCCAGUGGAAGCAGCGAUAGCGGCAUAAGUGCAGGUGUCCUUGCUGGUGCGAUUGUUGCCGUGCUCCUCACUCUCGUUGGCGCUCUUUUGGUAUUUUUCCUAUAUCGUCGUCGUCAGCGUGCUCGCCGCACUGGCAACACAGCGGUACAAUCCAAACCAGACGUGCCAGCACCGGCGGCAGCAGUCCUUAAUCGACCGGAUCCGAUUGAGAAGUCGCCUUGCAAGCCUGAGGCCGAUCGUCCGCAGUCCCCUGUCGCAAGCGUUAUCGACGUUUCCCCGCAGUCUGUACACGCUUCUGGGAACUGUGAAAAUCACCCCGCACCCGAGAGACAUCCCUCCGCCAAUCCUUUCGACGACGUUCAGUCUAUACAAACUGUCACCACACAUACCAACGGUACCAAUGUCAUACCCAUCGCCCUCGCUCCAUCUGUAUCUACCUCCGGUGCUCCCCGGUCUGAGUCGGGGAUCUUGGCACCAUCAUCACCAGUUCGUCCUGCACGCCCUUCUGACCUCUCGCUGGAUGGUUCCCAAUCUCCCGAAUCCUUGCGCGAGCCUUCCCCCCGGUACGCUCAGUCCCAGCGCUCUGGUUCUUCCCACGUGUCGUGUAUGUCUGGCGCAAGUUAUUCGAGCGAGCUCUUAAAUGAAGCUCCGAUGAUCGUGACGCAGGGGCAGGGUGCCGUUCGGCAAGUUCUCGGUAAAGUCAAGGCAGAGGUUAUACAGACAUCGGGUCCCUCUACACCUACUUCCCUGGAUAGUUUGAAACCGCCAUCCGCCGCCUCGCGGCCAUCUAUCCGUUCACCCUUGGCAGCGACUUCUUUUGGUCCUGCUGACGUCGUCGAAGAGGCUGAGGAGGACAACGAAGCGAACCGUAGCGAUCCCUUCGACGAUCACCACCAUCCUAUUUCUCGGGGACCGUUGGAAAUUUCUAACAAAUCUCGACCUGCAAGUGGGAUUUCCCUGGAAGCUCCCAAUCUACCCUGGGCCAAGAGAGAUACGUCAAGUCGUCCGGAUAGCGUGAGCACUCAAUCAGGAUCUAUUGUCGACAUUAGCAGUGCCACUAGAGUGAACGUCGGUCUUGCGGGUAGGCUUGACCAAAAAUCACCCUAUAGGACUACUAUGGGAAAACUAGUUUCCUCUGGUUCCGUUCCAACUACUGGACAAUCUGCAUCUUUGGAUCAGCAGCAACAGAUGGCUUUGGCACACGCUCAAGCUCAAGCUCGUGCUCAUGGUCUCGAAAAGGCCAGAAGGGUGUCCGGAACCUCGGUCGUAUCAACAACUUCUACACGCGCGGAUUCAAUCCUAGAGUCUUUUCCUUUUGUUCCUCCUUCCCCUAUUGCUUCUCGCCCCGUUCGGUCGCCGCCUCGUUCGCCUCUCUAUCAACAAGCUUCCAGUGCAACUGCACAGUCGGAAGUGCCACCGCCAGUACCAGCGUCCUCUCUUACCAUCUCACAGCCGUCUGCUGCCGUUGAGGAGCACGAAUCUACGUUACUUCCUCUGACACCACCACCAAGUCGUCGCAUGCUGGGGAUGUCCACUGCUUCAGAACUAUCCACGGCUUCAUCUGGGCUAGGGAACUUUCCAUUCCAGAUUGACCAUGGAGGUACGGAAGGCAGCAUGCCUUCGUCAAACUUGCAGGAGCGCCAGCGGGCUAGUCUGGAUACACUAGCCCUUAUGAGUGACUUAUCCUCGUAUCCGCUGGGUUAUGACAGAGACGAACACGAGAGUCUGCCUCCUUUGCCCAAGCCCUGAGUGCUAUGCAACCAGCGCCGCAAGGUGGCUGCCUCGUUUGGCUGGUCUGACGGGGGCCAUUGCGUGCGUACGUCCUACUGUAUUCUCCCCGCUUGAACAUUUCUUCAAUCUAUCUCACGUGCUAAUGUUACCUUGACUGAGUACAACCUUGCGUCUAGAACAGCUACUUCGUCGCACCUGCGCCGAACUACCCUUUUUUUUAUACUUUUCUUUGUUCCGGGCCAAUGUUUUGGGGGGUAUACUCGCUCUAUUUAUUCGUAUGUUUGUGCCUUUCAGAAAGAUUCGAAUCGCUGUGUUUAAGUUGAACGCAUGAGGUACAGUGAAUCAUGAAUUUUGCUGGCUUGCUACGAUUG